CUGUCGGAGUGUGUUUCAGACUUUAUACUGGGGGAAACUUGAACGUGUUACAAAAUGGCUAAAAGUGAUAGCAGUUCAUAUUUCAGGAGGUCCAGUCUGUUCUGGAUAGUAACUGUAACUCUGUCCAUGGGCUACUACACACACUGGGUGUGAUUGGGGAUUUUGCAUACUUGCAAUCACUUCUAAAUUCUGCCCAUUUCUGAAAUCCUGCCUAUUUGCGGCAUAAGCUCCUCCCACCUGGAGGUGAGUAGAGCCGCCAUCUCCUCCCAAAUGGAGGUGAGUAGUGCCGCCUCCUCCUCCCACCUGGAGGUGAGUAGUGCCGCCUCCUCCUCCCACCUGGGGGUGAGUAGUGCCUCCUCCUCCUCCUCCUCCCACCUGGAGGUGAGUAGUGCCACCUCCUCCUCCUCCCACCUGGGGGUGAGUAGUGCCGCCUCCUCCUCCUCCCAUCUCGAGGUGAGUAGUGCCGCCUCCUCCUCCUCCCAUCUCGAGGUGAGUAGUGCCGCCUCCUCCUCCUCCCACCUCGAGGUGAGUAGUGCCGCCUCCUCCUCCUCCUCCUCCCACCUGGGGGUGAGUAGUGCCGCUUCCUCCUCCUCCCACCUGGGGGUGAGUAGUGCCGCCUCCUCCUCCUCCCACCUCGAGGUGAGUAGUGCCUCCUCCUCCUCCCAUCUCGAGGUGAGUAGUGCCGCCUCCUCCUCCUCCCACCUCGAGGUGAGUAGUGCCGCCUCCUCCUCCUCUCACCUGGAGGUGAGUAGUGCCGCCUCCUCCUCCUCCUCCUCCCACCUGGAGGUGAGUAGUGCCGCCUCCUCCUCCUCCCACUUGGAGGUGAGUAGUGCCGCCUCCUCCUCCUCCCACUUCGAGGUGAGUAGUGCCUCCUCCUCCCACCUCGAGGUGAGUAGUGCCUCCUCCUCCUCCCACCUCGAGGUGAGUAGUGCCGCCUCCUCUUCCUCCCACCUGGGGGUGAGUAGUGCCGCCUCCUCUUCCUCCCACCUGGGGGUGAGUAGUGCCGCCUCCUCCUCCUCCCACCUGGGGGUGAGUAGUGCCGCUUCCUCCUCCUCCCACCUGGGGGUGAGUAGUGCCGCCUCCUCCUCCUCCCACCUCGAGGUGAGUAGUGCCUCCUCCUCCUCCCACCUCGAGGUGAGUAGUGCCUCCUCCUCCUCCCAUCUCGAGGUGAGUAGUGCCGCCUCCUCCUCCUCCCAUCUCGAGGUGAGUAGUGCCGCCUCCUCCUCCCCCCAUCUCGAGGUGAGUAGUGCCGCGUCCUCCUCCUCCCACCUCGAGGUGAGUAGUGCCGCCUCCUCCUCCCACCUCGAGGUGAGUAGUGCCUCCUCCUCCUCCCACCUCGAGGUGAGUAGUGCCGCCUCCUCCUCCUCCCACCUGGGGGUGAGUAGUGCCUCCUCCUCCUCCUCCUCUCACCUGGAGGUGAGUAGUGCCGACUCCUCUUCCUCCCACCUGGGGGUGAGUAGUGCCUCCUCCUCCUCCUCCUCUCACCUGGAGGUGAGUAGUGCCGACUCCUCUUCCUCCCACCUGGGGGUGAGUAGUGCCGCCUCCUCUUCCUCCCACCUGGAGGUGAGUAGUGCCGCCUCCUCCUCCUCCCACUUGGAAUUCAACCUGCAAGCAUGGCAGAUGAGUGUAAAACAUUUAGAGAGGUGGAAAAAUAAACCAAGGGAAUGGUAAAUUAAAUUAUAUAGUAUUUAAUUAUAUAAGGAAUAAUGAUGAAAUGCACUGAAGUGUGUUUACGGUGAUGACAGUGUGCGUAACUAGGCAACAACGUUCUCUUCCGUUACAGGACAUGGUAGUAUGGCCCACUACUUGCAUACUUUAAAAUAAAUAAAUAAAUAAAUUUUCUACAUACUUUUAGUGCAUAGUAUAAGUAGGCGAAUUGGGACGCAGCAUUUGAUUUUGCACUGAACCUGCGUCCCAUAAUUAAGUGCUAGCAAAUGGUUAGGUUCAUUGGUCUGGACAGGUUCAUGUAGUGCAUUUCACCUAAAAUUUUCAUGACCAUAAAACCUGUUUUACACAAAACGCAGCCAGCGUCGCGGGCCCUGGAGCAUUUAUUUCUGUGUUCUAGUAAAUUAUAUGCAAAUGCACUUGCUGGUCACUUUAAUAGAAACACCUGUAUCCCUGCUCAUUAAUGCUAUUAUCCAAUCAGCCAAUUCUGUGACAGCAGAAUAUUUUGUGCAGUGCAUAAAAUCACACAGAUAUAGGGCAAGAACUUCAGUUAAUGUUCACAUCAAACAUCAGAAAGGGGAUCAAAUGUGAUCUCUGUUACACUGAUCAUGUCAUUGUUGUAUGUGCCAGACGGGUUGUUUAAGUAUUUCAGAAAAUGCUUAUCUGGGCUUUUUCAUAUGCAACAAUCUCUGGAGUCUUUCUUACCAUCUGUACACUGUGCUCAAGCAGAUACAGUGCCAAAGCUUCAACUUUCACACAAUUACUGCUUGAGUACCAUCAUGCUUACAAUCUUGUAGCUCACGUACUGGCUGAGCUGAGCCUCAACAGGUGUUGUUCUCUUUGUGAUCACUCCCGGGAACAGUCUCCCCAGAUCACUGUUUCUAAUGGCUAAACACAGCACACUUGUGAUUGUAUAAUUACUGUGUUCAGGAAGUAGAUUCUGGCUGCACCUGCUGAAUGUUUUCUUUCUUUUUAAUGUUAAACAUGUGCGAGUAAGUACAGUUGGGAAUGAUGUAUGAGAAAACCCGUGAUUCGCAUUACUGCUAUAUAAUGGACCAGUCUAUUCUGUUCAGUUCAGGCUUCUAUUUACAUUAUUUCAGGCAAAGAAAUGAUCCUGAACAGAGCCGUGGUUUCAACGGAGUGCUCGUUUGGGAAGAAGGAGAAGGCUCGUCAAUGUUUAGCAACCGCAAUUUGCCUUUGAGGCAGUUGAGGGUUCUAAAAAAAGACAAACUACCCCUUUUUAAUAUCUAGAGAGUAGGCCAUUUUAGUUUGAAUUUUAAUGACAAGUUGGCUACAAACUUUUCAGGUUGGAUUUAAAACUCAAAAACCUUAAACAUUAUUUAACAUGAAACAUUUAUAGCCAAUGUCUCUCUUCUAUGACUUGCAUUAGAAUUUAAACUAAAAUGGCCUAGCCUACAGCUAUUAAAGCAGUAGUUUGUCAUUUAUAGGGCCCUGCAACAGCGAUAGCUAACAAUAUGACAAGCAAUUGUAGAUUAAAUAUUAACCAGCAGUAAUGGCUGGCUGAUAUUAGAUGGAAGGGUUCAAAUCUAAUAUGUUUCAGUUCCUUGAGAAUGAAGCUAUUAAGGUUGAGCAAUGCAUUAUAUCACAGUCUCACUGAUGUAAUAAUAAGGAUGAAGUGUAUAAAGUAUUACACACACACACACUCUUAAAGGCAGAUAGCCAGCUGUUUCAAGUCUGUAAUGCUCUACUGGCUUCUUGCCGUGUUUGCUCUGAAUACCAAACAUGGUAAACAGAAAAGUUAUAACCCUUGCCGUCAACACUAAACCGUUUCUGUUGUGUCCUGUGUGUAAUUUGUACACUGAUUGUCCAAUGUGUGCUUAAUCUAUUUCUUUUAGUUUCUCUUUCAAAGGUAUUAUAAAGCAAAAUAAGCAAUCCACCUUGUUUAUGUUCAUCACACCUGCAAAUGUAUUUCACAUCAGUUACUACUGAUGAUGUGUUACAGAUGGCUCAGUGAAGCUGGAUGGAAAAAAAAAAAAAAGCCCAAAUGUACAUCAGACCUAGAGGGUGUUUUUCAAUCUGUGUACUCACCUUACACGACUGACACGUAUAGGAUUCAUGAAUCUACAGUCUGCGUUAGAAAGGAUUCAGCCCCAGCCUCGCUUCUUCAUACAGUUGUGUGUUUUUCUUAGGACCGGAAGUGGUGCUGUUGCACUUGGUUCCACCAAAAAUUCAAAUGGGCUGUGUUUUGGCCACAGCAACUCCCGUAUGACAUUUUGGGUCCACUCGGUGCUCUGACGAAGUAUCUCGUCAAAGAAUACCACAGUUUCAUGUACACGGGAUGGUGGCUUGCUUGGGCUGUCCAUCUGUGUGAAG